UUCUCAAGCGAUCUCAAAGAUCUAGUAUAAAAAUAUCUUCUGAUAAUCUUAUCAUCAUCUCAAUCUCACUCUUACACUUUACUGUUUUUCUCACCCAUUCUCCAUCUCAUCUUUAUCCUCUCAACAUUAUCUUUAAAAAUCCAGGGAAGAUUCAUUUUUGCCUUGAAAGUUGAACAAGUGACAAUGUUGAAGUCUCCAGGUUAACAAUUAACGCUGCAACAGUUAUUAAUGGUAUUGUCUUGAAAUUUGUUCAUCUUGCCUUAAAUUCAAACGAUUCAACCGUCCCAUCGUUUUAUCUUGGUUAUCUUCGUUGUUGCUAUCUUAUUUAUCUUGUGUGGCCUGAUUGGGAAUCGAUCAGUCAAUUGGACUCAUUUUUUGUUGUUAUUGUUGUGCUUACUCAGUUUAUUUGAUUAACUUUCCACUUCAAACUUAUCGUUUCACUUUUACACCUUCCAAAGGGAAAAGAGAAGAAACAAGAAACUUGAGGAUUUAACCAAAAUUUAAGGAUAAAUUUGUCACAAUCAAAAGAUGCAUUUAAUUUGCAUCAAACUAGUGACAAUAUUAAUACCAUUGACUUUAAUCAACUACAGCCAAUCUAGUACUUUACCAUCUUCAAUAACCGACAAAAAUCCGUCACAUCAUCAGCAUCAUGGUUCAACAAGUGGUUUUCAUGAUCAAUCGCCACUAGCUUACUCUGCUCCUUCUUCCCCUUCUUCAUCAUCUUUACCUGCAACGUCGUCAUCUCAUUUAAUAUCAUCUUUCUCUGUGUCUGAUCCUGAAGACAACAGCGAACCAGCUUUCAUCCAAAGCUAUAACAAUAAAGAUAACAGUCGACUUCAUGAUCGAUUUCAUUUAUUCAAUACUGAAGAAUCUCACAAAUCUCAAUCAAUGCCAGCGCCUUCAAUCUCUAAUUUCAAUAUUCAUAGUCAACAAAAUCACCAACACCUAACCCGAACACCAUCAUCGUCAAUCCUAUUGCCAAAGAUUUAUCCAUCACCAGUGCUUAGUGAUCCAUUUACCUCUUCUAUAUCUUUUCCGUCUCACUUAAUCAAUCCCGAUGAAGGUAAAAGUUUGGAUUAUGCAACAACAUUAAUAAGAGAAGCUCUUGAAGGUCCCAUGAUGCAUGAUUCUAAUGGAGAUCCAUCUGAUUAUGUUGAAUCAGGUUCAAUAAGCUCAUCAUCGUCGGCUGAUUUUGAUGAAGGGAAAGUAGACAAAAAUUUUGGAUUUGUUAAAAGUGAUUCAAGAAGUAGAGUUAAAACUGAAGAUAAUGGUGAUUCAGAGUCGUCUUUGAAUGGAGAUGAUAAUUCAUUACAACCAAGCGAGGAUGAACUUUUCUAUGAAGUUCAAAAAUUGAUUCAAUAUAUAAGAGAAUCAGCCGCCCAUCCAGAUGAAAAAGGUUCCUCGCCUAAAUCAAGAAAUAAUCGUAAUCGAUUAACCUUACAGAUGGAUUAUUUGCAAAACCUUUUAAAUGAAUACAGACAAAAGCAAGGAUCCAUUAACCUUCGACACUGGGUGCGUGGUGUGUCACCACCAAGGCUUUCAGUAACUAGUCCAAUCGCGGUUCUUCGAGAUGCUCUGAUGGAGGAAAUCAAACGAAAAAAGAUUCAGGAAACCCAGGCAAAGAUAGCUCUGAAUGAAAAGAUCCUGAAAGAGGUUGGAUAAAGAUGUUAAAGCAAAGAAAAAAGAUAAAGAAUUAAUGCUUGUAUUAAGAGUGUGAUCUGGAGAAGGAUGAUUAAAAAGCAAAGACAAACAUGAUGAUUGUGUGAGAGAGAAAUGAAAAAGAUUAAGAAAGAAAGAUGGAGAAUGAAAGAGAGGAAAAUUCAUUCCCAUGUAAAGAAGACAACUUGAUAGUUAUUUUGAGUGCUGAAUUUCGCUCUUUAUCCGUUCCCUCUUUUUUCUUUUCUUUUCAUCAUCUAUAUAACAUCACUCUCUUCAACAUCUCUUCUCUCAUAAUCAAGAUCGAUCAAGAAAAAUUUUCUUGCUUUACUCGAAAUAUAAUCAAAAUUGAUCAACAGUUACCAAUCCUGACAAGCCAAGUCAAUCAAUUAUUUCAGCUUGUUUUAAUUUGAAGUUGAUGAUACAUUUCAGAAAAGUUUAUUAUAAAAAUUACUUUUAGUGAUGCUUUAUAAGUUGAAGUCAUUUAUAAUGUAAAAAAUAAAAUACAGUAAAAU